AGCACGUUCGGCGCGCAGCGCACGCGCUACCGGGAGCACAUCGUCUCGGGCUCGCCGCCGAUGACGACGAAGCCCAGCGCGCGGUGCAAGGCGUGGUCCAGGGGCUGAGCUGGCCGGCAGCUCGCGGCGUUCCGAUGGCGGUGGCCAUGCAGUACGGCCAGCAGGAUGCGUACGCGCAGCAAGCGCCCCUCUACGGUGGCGGCAUGUACUCGCCCGGCGGCACCUACGCGCCCCAGCAGGCGCAGUACGUGGACCCGGCGUACGCGACGCCUCAGCAGCCGCAGCCCGCCAUGUACGGACCUCAGCAGCAGUACGGACCACCACAGCAGCAGGCCUACGCCACAGAUCCGUACGGCCAGCCGGUCAUGGCCGUUCCAUCCAGCGCGGCCGUGUCACCCAUGUCGUACGAUCCGGGGUACGUUAACUACAUGUACGGAAUGCAGACGCCUCGGAGUACCAGACGACAAGUGAUCCAAUCCCCGUCGGGGCGCAAGGGCGUAUUCAGCACUGACAGCAUCCUCACCGUGCUCAUCGUAUGCGGCACGCUGUUCCUCGUACUGCUGGCCAUGCUGCUCAUCGUCACCGUCGUCGUGCCCAGGCUUACAAGGAAGAGCAGAUCGGGUCACAAGAAGAUACACGAAUUAGCCUUGGAACACGAGAACGUGGCCGAUGCCGAGUUGCCUUUGGACGCACCCCAGAUGAGCGGAGGCUCCAAGGCCGAGCAGACGGCGUCCAAGCUCAACUCUUCCGGUGCCAAGCACGGCGCUAAGCACGGACCCAAGGAUCCGGAGAUGGCCAGGCACGUCAAAAGCCGGACGAAGGGAUAGCUUCCCAACGGGACGUGCGGCCGACGACUUCGAGAUGGCGCCGCAUGACUCGGAAAGCCCUCGGAGUUCUCGUCGAGAACAUGGAACGACGCUGAUUCCGGCCAAAGAAAAAAAAAGACGAAGGAAAGAUCGGCAUUCCCCGCCAAUCGAACGAAAUCCAACAUUCACCAAA